AUGGCGACCGUGUCGGCGAGAUUGACGAUGAUGGGAAUGGAAAGUAGCUACGGCGAGCCAGAGCAAGACGCCAACACUGCUCUUAUGGAGCUUGACAAAGGUCUACGAUCAACAAAACUUGGUGAGCAGUGUGAAGCAAUUGUCAGGUUUCCCAGGUUGUUUGAAAAAUAUCCUUUCCCAAUAUUAAUCAACUCUGCAUUUCUCAAGUUAUCUGAAGUUUUCAGACUAGGGAGUAACUUUCUUCGUCUUUGCGUACUGAAGGUUGUGCAACAAAGUCAGAAACAAUUGGAUAAAAUUCUCAACAAAGAUGAAUUCCUGAGAAGGAUAUUUACUGUCAUUCACAGUAAUGAUCCUGUAGCCAGAGCUAUUACUCUCAGAGUACUUGGCAGUGUUGCUGUUAUAAUACAGGAAAGAAAGAAUGUACAUUACAGUAUACGCAACAGUCUCGACUCUCAUGAUGCUGUGGAAUUAGAAGCGGCUAUUUUUGCUGCAACUAGAUUUGCCGCUGAAUCAAGGGACUUUGCAGUUGGUAUAUGUAAUAAAGUAGCUGAUAUGAUACAAGGUCUUGCUACUCCAGUAGAGAUGAAAUUGAAGCUUAUUCUGAUAUUUGAACACAUGCACCAUGAUGCUGAAUCUGCUGCAAAAGUCCGUCAUUUGUGCAUCAGAAUGUUGCCCUCUUAUCCAGGCAAAGCAUUUGUUAUUACAACAUUACAUUCCUUGUCUAAGCUAGCCGCAGCAUCUCUAAUGGAUAUCCCAGCACAGGUUUCACUGUUGCUAUGCUACCUGGAUACUGAUCCACGCAGAGUAAUUAAGACGUUAGCACUGCAGGAUUUAAGAAUGUUAGCCAAAGAAGCACCUCACAUGUGGACAUCAGAGAAUAUAGAAUUACUUUGUCAGUUCACAUCAACCACUCCCUAUGAUGGCUUGAAAAUUGGUGGUUUUAGUGUACUCAGCACUCUUUCCAAAUCAGUGGCGUUUGCAACAUUGAAUCUACAAGCAGGUUCUCUUGUGACUGAGCUGUGUACCAAUUUUAGUUACCAUAGUAAUGCCACUGUAUCAGCUUUUGCUGUAGAUGUCAUGACAAAUAUCGUCAUAUCAAAAAUAUCUCUUGGCAAAGAUGUAACCAAAUCAAGUGAGGAAGUUGCCAUGGCAAUGGAAGCUUUAAUCAUUGGAUGUGCUUGCUCUGGAAGCAAGAAGGUAUCUUCAGCUUUGAAAACUGUACUUUGUUGUGUCAGUGUUUUAUGCAAAGCAUGUCCAUCAGUGGCAAGUGAUUUAGUUGAAGGCAUAACAACAACUCUCACAACAACUACGGGAUUGGCAGCCAUCUUGUUAUGCCAGUCACUAGCAGCUGUUGGUAUGCACCAGCCCAGUGUGUUGACUAAUUUGACCUCUGACAUAAAGGAUAUGUUCAUGUCUAUUUCACAGAACAUUGACAAUAAAGAGCAAGAAGAACUGAUGGUAGCUUCAGAACAUUUAUUUUUCUGGUUGAACAGUUUACAGUCAUUCUGUGAAGGAGAGGAUUGUCUUCGUCAUCUUCACAGCAAGAAAUCAAACAUCAUCUACCAGGUACAGGAGAGUGUUGUACAUUACGAAAGAGGAAUAGCCACAUUGAAGGCUGCUGUGACACCACCUUAUCCUCUAGAUUUCCAAUGCAGAUAUGUCAAAUUACGAACUCAAAUGUUGACUCUUCAUUGCCAACUACUGCUCGGUUGCCAGACUAUUAAAACAUGCCCACCCCCUGCCAUUGCUUCUACUGUUGCCUUAGCAACUGGACAAGAUCUCCAGAACUGUGGUCGUUUAGCGAGUCAGAUGCAACAGUGUUACAUUUCAUUCCAGUCAUUAGCCAAUCAGUUUGGAGAUUUACUGCAGUCAACAUUUGAUGCAGAUCCAGCCACCUUGGAGAAUAUUGAAUCAAUACAACAGAGCUGUUUAUUGAUGUCACAUGCUAUAGAUGCUCUUGUGCUCAGUAAUAGAAUGUACAACGGCAAAGCUUCAAGUCAAGUAGACCUAUUUUCAUUAGAUACAUCAUUCCGUCAUGGCAACCAGUUGUCAAUAGCUUGCCAAGAUGCCAUGAGAAAUAUACAUGAAGUGUUGCUGCAGGUAGAGGGCGCUGCAAUAACUCAGCUGCAUACUGAAUGUUUGUGGAAAACAUCUGUCACAUUAUUAAAAGUACCAUUGGGAUUUCCAAGAUAUUUCUUUCAAAGUCUUCAGUCAACAAGUAUCAAGUUGGCAGUAUCACCGACACCAAGAAAUCCUGGUGAUCCAGUACCAGUACAAAAUGAUACUCAUCUUGCUUUGAAAAUUGAAGGUGUUGUUCAGCAUGGCAGUAGACCAGUUUGA